AUUCCUAGCUCCUGUGGUCUCCAGAUUCUGGCACAAGAUGAAAGGCCCUGGUCUCCCCCUCUGCUUUUUCUUGGCUGUGUUUUCUCUCUUCUGGACACCUUCUGCUGGGCUGAAGACACUCCAUUUGGGAAGCUGUGUGAUCACCACAAACCUUCGGGAAAUGAAAAAUGGAUUUUCUGAGAUACGGGACAGUGUGCAAGCCAAAGAUGAAAUCAUUGACCACAGAAUCUUGAGGAAGACGGAGUCCUUGCCAAACACAAAGCCUGCAGAUCAGUGCUGCCUCCUCCGACGUCUGCUGAGACUCUACUUGGACACGGUAUUCAAAAACUAUCGGACCUCUGACCUCCAUAUCCUCCGGAAGAUCAGCAGUCUCGCCAACUCUUUUCUUACGAUCAAGAAGGACCUCCGGCUCUGUCAUGCCCACAUGACAUGCCCUUGUGGGGAGGAAGCAACGGAGAAAUACAGCCAGAUUCUGAGUCACUUUGAAGAGCUGAAGCCUCGGGAAGCCGUGGUGAAAGCUUUGGGAGAGCUGGACAUUCUCCUGCAAUGGAUGGAGGAGACACGCUAG